CACCAGUCCCCCGCGGUCACUCAUGAAGACCUGGCUGGCAGCGGCCACCCUCACCACCACCACCAUCAUCACCACCAGGCCUCUCCCACUCCUUCCACCUCCUCCAGCUCCUCCCAGCAGCUCCAGAACUCACACCAGCAGCAUCCCCCCUCCAGCAGCGUGGAGGACCGGUUCUCAGAUGACCAGCUGGUCUCCAUGUCCGUGAGGGAGCUCAACAGGCACCUCCGAGGCUUCACCAAAGAUGAGGUGAUCCGCCUCAAGCAGAAGAGGAGGACCUUGAAGAACAGGGGCUAUGCCCAGUCCUUCGAAAAGACCCAGCUCAUUCAGCAGGUGGAACAGCUCAAGCAAGAAGUGACCCGGCUCGCCAGAGAGAGAGACGCCUACAAGCUCAAGUGUGAGAAACUUGCCAGCAAUGGCUUCAGAGAGGCCGGCUCCACCAGUGACAACCCAUCUUCCCCUGAGUUCUUCAUGUGA